AUGGGCUGGCUGUGGGGAUCAAGUCCCAAGGACACUACCAAAGAUACUCCUCAAGAUCUUCCCUCUACAAAUCUACCCGAGGUUCCAAAGCAAAAUGUCCCGCCGAAGGCAUUGACCCCCGACGAACAAGCCGACUUGGAGUUCAGCCAAAUCCUAGCCGAUCUUAGAUCAGAAGAUGCAUCUCUCAACAAAUCCCUCACGCCCGGAGGAAGUCUCGAACCUCAAACACCUCAAUCAGCCAUCGCUCCAGAAUCUUUGUAUCAGGAUACAAUGUCUUGCCGUAAUGCCUUCGACUACGCCUUCUUCUGCCAAUCAUUCGGUGGCCAAUUCGUCAAUGUCUAUCGAUACGGAGAACUUCGAUCCUGCAGCGAUCAUUGGGACAACCUUUGGCUAUGCAUGAAAACUCGCACGUGGCCAGAAGACUUGCGCAAGCGGGCUAUUCGAGAUCACAACCGCAAGAAGGCAAUCAAGUACAAGACCGGUCCCAGCAGUGAAGACGUUUGGGAUGUUCGGUUGGAUCCAGCUACAGAAUCCUUCAAGGGUGACUUCGCGGCCUUGGAGAAGGAAAUGAAAGCUGAGGAUGAAGCAGCCAAACACAAGGCAGCUGCCUGA